UACUAAUGUUCGUGCUUCCCGCUGCAGUGUUUAGUUUUCACGCGUCUCAUUAACUCGCGGGAAACCGGCGCUGUCAGAGAGUCCGUGGCGCGAAAUGAUCUGAGCGCAGCACCCGUAAAAAAAAAAAAAAAACAGAGCAAGGACUUGUUUCACUAUCAGUGCACCUUUACCACAGGUAACACAGGACAUCCGGAAGAACAAGCAGAUCAGGUUACACUCCAGCCGAGAUUUUACACGAGCCACUACAAUCUGCCAUAAACUUCCAGAUUACAGCCAUGACAGAGCUGAAGAAGAACAAGCUAUUUAUUGUGCUGAUGGAUAUCCUUUGUGUGCUCGUGGUGGCGAUGCCGUUCAUCAUCAUGACCAUCAUUUUCCGGCCGUACCAGCGUGGAAUUUACUGUAACGACGAAACCAUCCGUUACCCCUACAGACCCGACACCAUCUCUCAUAAAAUGAUGGCUGCCAUCACCAUAUGCUGCUCUGUCAUUAUCAUCACUUCAGGAGAGGCGUACCUGGUCUACACCAAACGUCUCUACUCCAAUUCAGACUUUAACCAGUAUGCUGCAGCGCUUUACAAAGUCGUUGGGGCGUUUUUGUUUGGCGCGUGUGUGAGCCAGUCUCUGACCGAUAUGGCGAAGUACACCAUCGGACGCUUGCGGCCCAACUUCAUGGCCGUGUGCGCUCCGGAAGUCUGUAACGGUUACAUGCUGACGAUAAACUGCACGGGAAACCCUCGCAACGUGACUGAGUCCAGGCUGUCGUUUUACUCCGGUCACUCGUCCUUUGGGAUGUACUGCAUGUUGUUUCUGGCGCUUUAUGUCCAGGCACGAAUGGCAUCCAAGUGGGCCCGCCUCCUCCGGCCCACCAUUCAGUUCUUCCUGAUGGCUUUUGCCAUUUACGUGGGCUACACACGCGUGUCUGACUACAAACACCACUGGAGUGAUGUCAUCGUGGGUCUUCUGCAAGGAGCGCUGAUUGCUAUCCUCACUGUGCGAUACAUUUCCGACUUCUUCAAAGAGCGUCCCCCUCGCUGCCAGGAUGUUGAAAAUGCAGAAAACGAAGACAUGGAGCGCAAACCCAGCAUUCAGAUCACAGACGCAGACAGAAACAACCAUUACACUUACAGCAGGCCUGUAUGAGCCUGACAUUUGACCUUUGACCCAGUGUGACCGCUCUCACACACAGAACCACUGGAUGCUGCAUCCUCGACACCACAUCUCGUACCGAUAGCCAAACACACCGCUGCUGCCCUCACCUACACUGGCAUCAUCUAUACUCUCUUCCACAGGACAGAAUGCACAGACUAACACUGAAAAUUUUAUACUACUCUAUAGAUGGCUGACCAUGUUUAUAACAUUUUAUGCAUACUCAUAUAUGCCGCGUGCAUAGAUCGAAUCUAAUGAACAAUGAAAGACUUUGUUUUAUGAUAGCACCAAGACACUUCCCUCAAAGGGAACUGGUUGUUUCCAUGGCAACCUCAAAACCAUCGUUUGACAUUUACUGACUGGCCGAACUUCUGCUGUUCGAAAUUUUUUCAACAUGGAGAAAAAAGGGCUUUUCUUAGUUGUCAGAAGACAAGGGUUGGUUGGUCCCCUGAUUGUUAAAAAAAAAAAAAAAAAUCCAGAAGUUUGAACACUGAAAUUGUGCCAAAAAAAAGUCUUACAUUGUCAAAGAGAUAUUUUACCUACGUUUUAUAUACGUUUUUAAAAACUGAAUUACAGUGACUUUAAAAUCUGUUUUUAUAAAGAUAUAAUGUUAUUAUCCUGUGGCGGUAGGUUUAGAGAAUUUCUAACAUUUUAUAACCAUAAACUAAUUAUAUCUACAUACAUCUGCAAGCAUUUGUAUACAAACUGCAUAGCAUGACUUGUUUUUUUUUUUUCAGUACUAUAAUUUGAUGGGAUUUUUUGAUUUUUAUUUGCUAACAUCUUAAAGGUACUGUAAGCGAUUUUUUUCAUGGAAAGGUAUGCAAAAAAUUGUCCUACUCCCUGAAAGAUAUUAAUGAAAUAAGUAAGUGUCGUGAGAUAUCUCACUGGUCUUUGUGACAGCUCUAGAUUCUAUAAACAGCAAACAAAAAAUUUUCUGCGGGCUGCGGUCUCUGACGCUUUCGACCUGUCAAUAAUUUUGUGCAUUCUCAUAGUAUUGUAGUUGCAGCAAAUAAUUGAGGCUUAAUGCCAUUUUUAUUCCAUGUUGCUCAUAACAGUUGUCAGUUGAGGGCGCUAUUUUACUGCUGUUGUUUUUAACAACCGUUUCUGCACAAUGUCAGUCUCAAUAAAGCUAAUUUAUUAUCUUUGGAGUGCGGGAUUUGGAAAGAGGGGCGUGACUAAUUCAAUGGCUCAGUCUGGUGGAAGUAGAAUGGCUAAAAUCGCUUACAGCACCUUUAACUCCAUGUCCACGCUGCAAGCUUGGGAUGCCAUUCUAGUUUUGUUGCGUCGCUCGCUCUCAAUUUAAACAUGGUGUAAUGAUUGUAAUGAGUAGCACUAGCUAACCAGCGCACAUGUAUUUAAGUCCUGUGCGUCACAGGUUUCUGUAAAACUCUAGAAAAUUUGUAUAACUAAAAAGUAAAAAAAGCUGCUCGUUGCAUUAUAAUCACAACAAUCACAACAAUUUCCAUUUUUCUCCUGAAAGCGGAAGUGUUUUAUGCUUAAUAACAGAAGCCAGUUUUCGAUGUCCGGUCUCCAGUGGUUUAAUUUGCAUCUAUGUAUUUUAAAGCGGAUAAUGUGAUGUUUAGCGUAUUAAAGUUGUAAAGAUUAAAAGAUCAUGUGACUCCAUUUAGUGCCGAUACUUAACAAAGUCACGAUGACUCAUUACCUACUAACUACUUUGAGCUGUUAUUGACAGCCAACAACUGCAUAAGUUGAAUCUGAACUCAGUUUUACUCCAAUUAAAAUAGCUGUUGUGGGCCGGGGGCCAAGCUCGUGAUUGGGUGGGCCAGGCCCCGUCUGGCCCCAUGUGGAGCCAGACCUGCAAUCAGAUUUGAUUCCGUUCUUAUAUCUUCAUAUCACAUCUUUGUAUAAUGUCACACAGUGGCUUUAUUGCAAUAAUUCCCAUAUUUCUACUUUGCACUAAAAGUAUCUGUGCCUUUAAAAACUACACAGUGUCUGCCUUGAUGUGCUCGGCAUUUUUCCUCUUAUCAAAAAGGAGGACAAUCCAAAAGCAUGCAUGGAUGCACAUUUUAGAAAUCCACCGACAACAGUAUACUCUCCAGGCAUUUUUAGCAUACUAUAUUCAUAGUUCAACUCCAAUCCUUGCACACUAUUUAGGGUGAAUAUCAUGCAAACUGAGUUUAAGCCUGUUUAAAAUAAGUCUAUUUUUAUCUUACUUCACCUGUUCUAUUGUUCAUGAGAAAUGGUGUCCUAAUUUUUAUUGACAAUAUUCACUUAUAUCCUGCACAACACAGAUUUGCUGCCUACUGCGAGUUGCUAAUGCUGCAAGACAUUUUUAUGGACUUUAUUCACAGAAUAUGAAUAAUUUCUCUCUAUGUGGAACAUAGACUCUCUUUGACUCGGGUGUAGUUGCAGAAAACCAGACGGCCUUAAAAUAAAUCGGCCCCCAUCGCUGGGCUGAUCUUAUAUACUGGAUUUACACAUUGAAUGUGAAUAAGAUCAUGGCGUAUUUGUACACUUUUGCUCGUAUUUCCAAAUGUCACUACCAUUUUGUUCAACAUAACUGAGCCAUGUUAUUGAUUAUUAUUAUGUUGUUCUGUGCCAUGCAAGUGAGUUGUUGACAUGUCCUGUGGUGUGACACUAUACUCAAUCUAAAACUAUUUUAAACAGCAUUUUGCUAAAUCUUUUAUAAUUAUUAUGCAUGCAGCUUUUAUGACCUCAUUAACUGAGACUUCGUGGAAUAUUUGCACUUUUAACAAUGUAUUUGUGACACUGCAAGAGCAUUUAAAAUGAACUAGUGAAGUCAAAAGAUGAUUUUAAAUGGUGACCAGUCACAGCACCUAAAAUAUACAUUUUCCCUUUAUAGAUAAUAUAACAAUUUUAAUCUAAAAUAUUGAUUUUAUGCUGUUAUGCAUCAACUACCCUACAUUAAGGAUAUAACACCAAAUUCUGUCUAAUAAAUGUUUACUACUGAAUCGAAAAACCAACUUUAAACAAACUAAUGCAUAUUUUAACAAGUGAAUUAAAAAUGAACAGAUUACAGGAUUUAUUUCAAGACCAAAGCUUCCCAAAUUUGAGUUUCACAGAAACAUUCACAUUGACAGAAAAUUCUGUUGCCUGAUAUUUAUUGUAUGCAAUUAAAUUGAAGCUACUGAACCAUAUUUUUUUUCUUAAAAAGGAAUAAAUAAUUCUGCACCACUUGUGAAGCCUAGAGCUCUCAUAUAUAUAUAUAUAUAUAUAUACUGUAUAUAUAUAUAUAAUCUGCUUUAAUCAGUGAUUAUUUAAUCCAAUUAUUUUCACAUGACUGGCAUCAGUGACUUUUAUUGUGUGUACAGCUUAUGAAUGUUGCACAUAUAAUUUUGUUUUCUAGGUAUAUUUUGUAUUUGUUGGUUAUACCUACCAUGUUAAUAAAUAAAUAAAAAAAGCAUCUUUGUUC